AGACGCCGGCCUCAACCACACCACAGGGCACUGCCUGUGUGGGAAAAGGAACGGCAUGCACAACGGCGAGUAUAAGCUUACCCGAUGACCUACCUGGGCUGGCGCUCGGCUUGAGGAGCUUCCCCCAGCUCCUCCCUCAUCCCAAGGGCGCUUCCCACUAGCCCCUCCCGUCAACACAUCCAUCCAUCCAUCCAUUCAUUCCUUCAUUCAUUCAUUCGGAUCGCUCUCCUCCCACCCACCACCACGCUUUUCCUCACAGGACCGGCCCGCACCCGCCCAAACCUUCCGCCGGCCCAUCUCCAGGAACCAGCCCAGCCCCUCGCGCGACCCCGCAACACCAUGUCGCUCGCCGUCGACGACCGUCGUGGCGGUCGCUCCAGGUCCCGAUCGCGUGACCGCCGCGACCCUGUGCCGACCUACGCCGACGCGCGCGAGCCGAGCUAUGUCUACCCGGAGGACGACCUUGACGACCGCUAUGCGCCCAGCGCCCACAGCAGCAGCAGCCGCCGCCGCGACCCUACCUCCCAGGCGGGCUCCUCCGGCCUACCCUACCCGGCCGAGGGGGGCAUGGACGCCAUGCUGCCCGGCGCGACAGCCGGCCUGUACAGCUACGAUGACACACGGCCCGUCUACCGCACCGCGUCGCCCCCGCGCGACUCGUCCUUUCGCAGUUCCAGAAGCAACCUCAACGGCGGCGGCGGGAGCGGCCACGUCCCGGGCUCGUUCCCCGAGGACGACCGCCGCUCCAAGCGCGACUCGGACGACGACAAUAGGCGCGUCCGCUACGCCGCCGAACCCCCGCGCGAGUCCAAGUACGACGCUCGUAGGCGCGACAGGUCCGAUGACGAGGAUCCCCGCGUGCGCUACGCCGAGCCGCCUAGCAGUAGGGACAAGCACCGCGCGUCCGCUGGCGCCGACCUGCCCGACGACAAGCUCAAGUUUCUGCCGCAAAAGUACAGCCGCGGGUACGGCGACGACGACCGUGCGGGCGGCAGGGACAGAAAGGCCGAUGGCCGCUCCAAGAAGGAGCGCGACGAGGAUGAUUUGGCCUACGGGCGCCCCCCGCCGCCGAAACCGUCGCGGGCAGACUCACCGCCCACCUAUGGCAGCUACGUCUCGGGCUCGCAGCUGAGCGACAAGCGCUCAUCCAAGUACGGGAGGGACGACGACGGUGCCGACAGGCGGCGUACGAGCCCACCCGAGGACCCAUACGCGUCGCGCAGGUCGCACCGUGAAUCCUACCGAGAUGACCCCCGCAGCUCGGGCGCCAGCGUCCUCACCGCGGAGCCCUCGGACCGUGAUCGGGAUCGUCGGCGCGACAGAUCGCCGGGGCCGUCUGUUCUCACCGCGGAGCCUUCAGGCCGCGACAGGGACCGCCGCCGCGACAAGUCUCCCGGCCCUUCGGCCCUCACCGUCGAGCCCGUAAGCCGCGAGCGCGACCGUUCGCGUGAUCGCCGGGACAAGUCGCCAGGCCCAUCUGUGCUCACCGUGGAACCGGGCCGGGACCGGGACCGGUCGAGAGACCGGCGUGGUGGCACCCGGGACAAGUCUCCUCAGCCUCCCACGGCCCGCAUGUCCAGCCUGACGGUCGACACGGGCCGCUCUUCCAACCUGUCACUGGCCGCGGCGCCGGCCUCGCCUCUUCUUGAGUCGUACCACGGUACCUACCAGGACUGCUCGCCCAUGCCGUCGCCUCUACUACUGGCAUCUUCCCACCACGAGGAUGCGCGCGUCAUCGAGGCCCUGUCGCCCAUCGGCUCCGAUGUCGAGGGCGAUGGAAAGAAGAAGAGCCGGCGCGCGCGGUUCCACGACCCCGAGGACAUUGCGUCGACGCUCGCGCGCGCCCUUCGCGGGGACCGCGCCCCCGACGUCGCGCCGCUGAUCGAGAUCCUGCCCAGCCUGACACACGAGCAGGUCAUGGAGCUGCGCGUCGAGUACAAGCGCAUCGUCAAGACGGGCUCGGAGCGCAAGGGCGUCAACAUUGCCAAGCACAUCCGUGCGCGCCUCAAGGACGAGGACGCCAACCUCAUGAAGGCUUGCUACUCGGUGGCGCUCGGCAAGUGGGAGAGCGAGGCCUACUGGGCCAACUUUUGGUACCAGGGCGACAAGACGCGGCGCGAGCUGCUCAUCGAGUCGCUCAUGGGCCGCUCCAACUACGAGAUCCACCAGAUCAAGGAGGCCUUUACCGACAAGAAGUACGACAACAGCAUCGUCAAGUGCAUGAAGACGGAGCUCAAGGAGGACAAGUUCAAAAAGGCCGUCCUGCUCGUCCUCGACGAGCGCCGCAUGGAGGACUUUGACCCGUACGGCCGCCGCGUGCCCGUCGACUACAAGCUCGUCGACCAGGACGUCAACGACCUGCGCCGAGCCGUCAGGGCCGAAAAGGGCGGCGAGACGGCCAUGAUUGGUAUCGUCGUCAAGCGCAGCGACUCGCACCUGCGCGAAGUGCUCAAGGAGUACGAACAUCACUACCGCGCAAACUUUCCGCGCGAGGCCCUCAAGAAGAGCGGCAACCUGGUCGUGAGUGUCAUCCCCUUUUAUCCUCUCUCCCCUCCCACCCCACCGUAUACAUAUGAGCGUGCGCUGACGCCAAUGCCCAGGGCGAGCUGCUCGCGCACAUCCUCAACGGCAUCAUCAACCGCCCCGUCCGCGACGCCCUCCUUUUGCACCACGCCCUCACCGCGUCACGCAAGGACGACCUCCGCCGCGAGCUCCUCAUCAGCCGCCUCGUCCGCUUCCACUGGGAUGCGGCCCACAUGCAGGCCGUCAAGCGCGCCUACCGCGAGCGCUACGGCCGCGACCUGCAAGACGCCGUCCGCGACGCCACCUCGGGCCAGUGGGGCCGCUUCUGCGUCGAGCUGUGCAUUGCCAGGAUGCCCAACGACGUCCGCAGGAUCGAGAGGGUCGACGUCAUCCGGUAGAUGCUGCCGCUACGGAAGGGUGCUUUGUUUGACGCCUUGGAUGAGCGGGGCGCAGAGUACGACGAUGAUGAGAGAUGAUGGGGUCAUGACUGCGGCAUGCCUUUAAUAUACCCUCAUGGGCGACGUGUGUCGGAUUGUCUUUUUCUACAUUGGGUAUCGACAGAAUAUGCCUCCGCGGCCAUUGUGUAAUUACAGAGAGUUGCGAGGUACUUGAUGGUCGGCUUAAAUAUACACGGAGUAUACUUUGU